UCGGCCAUACUGUAAGCAGGCAUCAUGACCAACACUAAGGGAUAUAGGCGCGGUACGCGCUACAUGUUCUCCCGUCCGUUCAAGACAAAGGGAGUCAUUCCACUGUCCACGUAUAUGAAAAUAUACAGAAGAGGAGACAUUGUUGACAUCAAGGGCCACGGAGCUGUACAGAAGGGUAUGCCCCACAAGAGUUACCAUGGAAAGACUGGUCGAGUGUUCAAUGUGACUCCUCAUGCUGUCGGUGUUGUUGUUAACAAGCGUGUAGGACACAGAGUGUUGCCUAAAAGAAUCAAUCUGCGAGUGGAACAUGUGAAGCACUCCAACUGCCGUCUGGACUUUUUAGCGAGAGUCAGGGAUAAUGCAGAAAAGAAGAAGCAGGCCAAGGAGAAGGGAAUCAGAUUGAACUUGAAACGUCAGCCCAAACAGCCUAACAAAGCUCAUUUUGUGAGUACAAAGUUCAACAAACCACAGCUGAUUGAGCCAAUCCCAUACGAGUUCAUUGCCUAGGUCAUGAAAUAAAAAAAGUAUACAGAAUC